GACCCUUUCCCCAAAGGAGAAAUCGAGGUCUGGGCUGGCCUCCGAGUGGGAGGAGACGGGGCCGAAGGCCGGAGAGCUGGUCCUGUCUGCGCUGCCCACCCGCCUGGGCUGCGGUCACUAGUGACCUUAGGUCGCUGCAGCUCAUCUGUGCACGGUGUGAUUCACACGAAUGAUUCACAUGUAGGAAUCCCGGGACUCUGUGCCCAGUCCUGGUUCUGGCUGUGGACUGGGCUCCUGCUAGAUAUCCAUCUGGCUGAGCCAGCCAGCGGACCGGCUGUGUCAGAGGCAAGCAAACAGCUGCUGGUGUGCGCGGCGCUGUCUGUCCCCAUCAUGGCCGUGUACCGCCUGUGUGUGACCACUGGACCGUACCUGAAGGCGGGCACGCUGGACAACAUCUCUGCCACACUGGUGGGCACGUGUGGCGAGAGCCCCAAGCAGCGGCUGGAUCGCGUGGGCAGGGACUUCGCCUCAGGGUCGGUUCAGAAGUAUAAGGUGCGCUGUGCAGCCGAGCUGGGGGACAUCUUGCUGCUGCGCUUACACAAGGAGCGCUUCGCCUGCUUUGCCAAGGACUCCUGGUACUGCAGUCGCAUUGUGGUCACCGCCCCGGAUGGCACCGUUGUCCAUUUCCCCUGCUAUCAGUGGGUUGAGGGCUACUGCACCGUGGAGCUGCGGCCAGGAACAGCGAAAACCAUAUGUCAGGACUCCCUUCCUCUCCUGCUCGAUCACAGGAAACGGGAACUCCAGGCUCGACAAGAAUGCUACCGCUGGAAGAUUUAUGCACCUGGCUUCCCCCGCAUGGUGGAUGUGAGCAGCUUUGAGGAGAUGGAGUCAGAUAAGAAAUUUGCCUUGACCAAGACAGCCCCUUGUGCAGACCAGGAUGACAAUCCUGGGAACCGGUACCUGCCCUGCAUUCCCAUGAAAAUUGACAUCCCAUCUCUUCUCCACAUGGAACCCAAUAUUCGCUACUCAGCCACCAAGACGAUCUCGCUGCUCUUCAAUGCCAUCCCCGCAUCCUUGGGCAUGAAGAUUCGAGGGCUGCUGGACCGCAAGGGCUCCUGGAAGAAGCUGGAUGACAUUCGGAACAUCUUCUGGUGUCACAAGACCUUCACUUCAGAGUACGUCACGGAGCACUGGUGCGAGGACAGCUUCUUUGGGUACCAGUACCUGAAUGGCGUCAAUCCUGUCAUGCUCCAUUGCCUCUCCAGCUUGCCCAGCAAGCUGCCUGUCACCAGUGACAUGCUGGCACCAGUGCUGGGCCCAAGCACCUGCCUGCAGACAGAGCUAGAGAAGGGCAACAUCUUCCUAGCCGACUACUGGAUCCUGGCAGAGGCCCCUGUCAAUUGCCUGAAUGGUCGCCAGCAGCACGUGGCCGCUCCGCUCUGCCUGUUGUGGGUCAACCCGCAGGGGACGCUGCUGCCCCUGGCCAUCCAGCUCGGCCAGGUGCCAGGGCCGGAGUGCCCCAUCUUCCUGCCCACUGACUGCGAGUGGGACUGGCUGCUGGCCAAGACGUGGGUGCGCAACUCCGAGUUCCUGGUGCACGAGAACAACACUCACUUUCUGUGCACGCACUUGCUGUGCGAGGCGUUCUCCGUGGCCACCCUGCGCCAGCUGCCGCUCUGCCACCCGGUCUACAAGCUCCUGCUCCCCCACACUCGCUACACGCUGCAGGUGAACACUAUCGCCAGGGCCACGCUGCUCAACCCCGACGGCCUCGUGGACAAGGUCACGUCCAUCGGGAGGCGCGGCCUCAUCUACCUCAUGAGAACGGGUCUGGCCCACUUCACCUACACCGACUUCUGCCUUCCGGACAGCCUCCGGGCGCGCGGCGUCAUGCACAUCCCCAAUUACCACUACCGGGACGAUGGGCUGAAGAUCUGGUCAGCCAUUGAGAGGUUUGUCUCAGAGAUCGUGAGCUAUUACUAUCGCAGCGAUGCGGCUGUGCAGCAGGACUCGGAACUGCAGGCCUGGGUGGGCGAGAUUUUUACCCAGGCGUUCCUGGGCCGGGAGAGUUCAGGCUUCCCAAGCCGGCUGUGCAGUCCAGGAGAGCUGGUCAAGUACCUCUCUGCAAUCAUCUUUAACUGCUCCGCCCAGCACGCUGCUGUCAAUAGCGGCCAGCAUGACUUUGGGGCCUGGAUGCCUAAUGCUCCAUCAUCCAUGAGGCAGCCCCCACCUCAGACCAAGGGGACCACCACCAUGAAGAGUUACCUGGACACUCUUCCAGAGGUGAACGUCACCUGUAACAACCUUCUCCUCUUCUGGCUGGUCAGCCAAGAGCCCAAAGACCAGAGGCCUCUGGGAACCUACCCGGAUGAACAUUUCACAGAGGAGGCCCCAAGGCAGAGUAUUGCAGCCUUCCAGAACUGCCUGGCCCAGAUCUCAAGGGACAUCAGAGAACGGAACCAGAGCCUGGCACUACCCUAUGCCUACCUGGACCCUCCCCUUAUCGAGAACAGUGUCUCCAUCUGAGCCCUGCCUCAGACCACCCAGAGGACAGGGGAGUCCAGCUAGGAGGAAGGCCAGCUUCUUGGGGAUUUCCAGACCCUUCCACACUCCCUGCCCUCAGCUUGAACCCUCUCCAGUGUGUGUGGGGCCCAAGAUAGCUCCAACAUUAUUUGAGUUGUGAGGGACCGGUACCGCAGUGUCUGGAGUAAAAGCCGCUAUCUGAAGUCAAGUGCACAAUAGGCCCCUUGAAAAGGAAGGAAGCCCUGUCCUUCUUGGCCUGCUUUGAUCAGCCUCUUGUUCCAGGCUCCUGUGGGAUCAAUCUCCCUCCCCACUUGAGGAAUCCCGGCUCAGGUUUCUGAGUACUCCUUCUUUUUCCUCCUCACCCUCACACUUUUUAUCAUGCGGUGCCUUUUUUGAUUCGCCUUUCCCAGAUCUUCCUUUUCUGAAAGGGCUGGGAAACUAGGCGCGAAAAGCCUCCCUGCCCAGAGCUGCAGGCGGUCCCCUCUGCUCCUCAAACAUUUUAAAGGAGAGGAAGAAUCUGAGCCCAGUUCAUUUGAUGUCUCUGUGGGGUGCUUGAGGACAGGAACUGUGGCCUGGGUGUGAGGGGGUGUUCUCUCUCCAGCACUCAACAUACCCACUCUUUUCCCACUUGUUUUCUCCCUCCUUCCUUCCUUCCUUCCUUCCUUCCUUCCUUCCUUCCUUCCUUCCUUCCUUUCUUCCUUCCUUUCUCUCUUUAAUAUUUGAGGUAGGGUUUCGC